UCACUCCAAGGUUAAGUUUAUUGAUAUAAUAUGUAUAAUCAAUUCAAUUCAAACUUGUCUAAUAUCUUUUAGAGUAUAAAAGCUACAUCUAAAAUGUUAAAACAAAAAAAAAAACUCCAAGCUACUAAAAGAAUCUACUAUAUAUCUAAGAAAAUGUUAUGAUAGCGAAAUUACUAAAUUAGACACUCCCGUUGAUUGACACGUGUUCUAGAUUAGGGUUAUUUUAGUCAUUUUGUUGUUAUAUUGUUUUUGGCGGUGCAGAGAGUUAAAUGAUGUGAUGGGCUGUGACAUUUGAAAAAUCUUCUUCUGCAAGGCAAGUUUCCUCCGUCGUUCUCCAGCUUUCCUUCUUUUCUUUUGUCUUCCUCCUUCUUCUUUAUUUCUUCAUUUUCUUCUUCCUUCCUUUCUCAGUCGCGUAGCAAAAUUGGUUACAUUUGAAAAUUCUUCCUCUGCAAGGCAAGUUACCUGCGUUGUUCUUCUCCAGAUGGCAAAAAAAUUUGAUAUGGUCAAGGAUAUUGAUGGAAAAAGGGAGACGUUGAAACUUGCUGUUAGAAUCGUAGAUUUGUGGUAUGUUGAGUCCUGGGAAUCCAAACGAAGUAUGGAAAUGGUUCUGAUGGAUCAAAAGGGUGAUGUUAUUGUUGCAAUGAUUAAGAAGGAAGAUAUGGGUGUUUGGGAAGAGAAGCUAAAAGAGGGUGAAAGUUACAUAAUGCAUAACUUUAAACUCUUGAAGAACAGAGCUCAAUAUAGAGUUUGUGAGCAUCCAUUUAAGCUGUUGUUUAUAGGAGCAACGUCUAUACGAGCACAACCCAUUGCAAGCAUACCUAGAAAGCUCUGGAAGUUCAAAAGUAUAAAGGAUAUCAUUGAUGGAAAGUAUUGUUCUUAUUUGUUGGUUGAUGUCAUUGGUAUGGUGGACAAUGUAGAGGAGAAAGGCCAUUCGAAAAAUGUUGUCUUUGACCUGAAAGAUUUGAGUGGUGCUAUAAUCUGUUGCACAUUGUGGGAUUCGUAUUGUGAGAAAUUAUUGACCUAUUGGAGGACAUGUAGUCAAACAUCUAAUGUUGCUAUUAUUCUUACUCAGGCUAAGAUAAAGCCUGCUUCAGGUCCAUGGCCAGUUUCACUGUCUAAUUCUUGGAAUGGUUCGAAACUGAUCAUAGGCGAUGACAUACCUGAGCUGAUCAAUUUUAAGAAGCAAUUCGCAGAAACCUGUGGCAGUGAAACUUUUGAGGAAGGGAGUCAAUAUAGUGGCUCUUCACAGAUUAAUCAUGUUGAUAGGUUUAUGUAUAAAACCGUUGUUAAAAGUGUUUCAGAGAUUAUGACUGUAUUAGAGGAGAUUUCCUGUGUUACUGUUGCACGUACACUUAAAUUUAACUUGGGAAAUGAUGGAUGGAAUUAUCUGGUGUGUAACUUUUGUGGGAAAAGAACUCACGAAGUUGGUUCCUUUAAGUGUCUUAGUUGUGAUGCCUUUAAUGAUUCUCCAAGAAUCCGGUUAGUAUAUUUUUAAUUUAUAUGUUAUGCCUUAUGUCAUAGUGUUAUUUUUAAUAUAAAUUUUUG